GUUUUUCCCGCGCAAAUUGACGUGAUAAACAAUAUUUUAGUUUGUGGAUGUAGUGUUUGGCCAAUUAAGUGCUGUAUUCAUAUUGUUCAGUGUAAAUCUAAUGGGAUAAUUUGACCAAAAAGACAAAAUACGGAUACUACAAUGUACGGGCUACUGCUAGAGAAUAUGGCUGAGUACAUCCGACAGACCUACGGCGAGGAACGUUGGGAGGAUAUCCGGAGACAGGCCGGGGUCGAACAACCAUCGUUUUCCGUGCAUCAGGUGUACCCUGAAUACCUCAUCGCACGACUCGCGAAGAAGUCUCAAGAGGUCCUUGGCAUCACUGAAAGGGAAUUUAUGGACCAAAUGGGUGUUUACUUCGUCGGUUUCGUCUCGCAGUACGGUUAUGACAGGGUACUGUCAGUUCUGGGAAGACACAUGAGAGACUUUCUGAAUGGCUUGGACAAUCUUCACGAGUACCUCAAGUUCAGCUACCCCAGGAUGAGGGCUCCGAGUUUUAUUUGUGAGAACGAGACACGGCAAGGGCUGACGCUUCACUAUCGGUCGAAGAGAAGAGGAUUUGUAUAUUACGCUAUGGGACAAAUUAGAGAGGUAGCAAGACACUUCUACCACAAAGAAAUGCGGAUAGAGUUACUAAGGGAAGAGCUACUGUUGGAUACUGUCCACGUAACCUUCCAACUAACAUUUGAUAACCGAGCAUUUACGCUAGCUUCCUUGGCGAUGACCAGAGAGGAGAAACACUUACCCAUAAGCGCGUCGGUGCUCUUUGAAAUAUUUCCGUUUUGUAUUGUCUUUGGGUCUGAUAUGAUAGUCCGCAGUAUUGGCAACUCCCUGAUGGUGAUACUGCCAGAUCUGGUCGGCAAGAAGAUCACAAACUGGUUCGAUCUGGUCAGACCACUCAUUGCAUUUAAAUUUCAAACGAUACUUAAUCGAACCAAUAAUAUCUUCGAGCUGGUAACAGUUGAAGCUGUGAUGCACGAGAAAGCUCUUGAUAGACGCAAUGAGAUGGUCCGCCUUUCCGACGAAUCAGAUGCUGCUUCCGAAAAGAAUUUGACGUUGAAAGGUCAGAUGAUCUACAUGGACAACUGGAGGAUGAUGAUGUACCUUGGUACCCCCGUGAUGCCGGAUUUGGCUGCGCUGGUUUCAACUGGACUGUACAUCAAUGAUCUCUCUAUGCAUGACUUCAGCAGAGACCUCAUGCUUGCUGGAACGCAACAGUCCGUUGAGUUAAAACUGGCUUUGGACCAGGAGCAGCAGAAGAGUAAGAAGCUGGAGGAGUCGAUGAGGAAACUGGACGAGGAAAUGAAAAGGACCGAUGAGUUGUUAUACCAGAUGAUACCGAAGCAAGUUGCAGACAGACUUCGUAAUGGCGAGAAUCCUAUCGAUACAUGCGAGAUGUUCGACAGCGUGUCAAUUCUCUUCUCUGACGUGGUGACCUUCACUGAAAUCUGUUCCCGAAUCACACCAAUGGAAGUCGUCUCCAUGUUGAACGCCAUGUACUCCAUAUUUGAUACUCUUACAGAGAGAAACAGAGUGUAUAAGGUGGAAACUAUAGGCGAUGCUUAUAUGGUCGUAUCUGGUGCUCCGGAGAAAGAAGACAACCAUGCCGAAAAAGUCUGUGAUAUGGCAUUGGACAUGGUUGACGCGAUCACAGACCUUAAAGAUCCUAGCACUGGAUCCCAUUUAUCAAUACGUGUGGGAGUACAUUCUGGGGCAGUGGUAGCCGGAAUUGUGGGCCUCAAAAUGCCCAGGUACUGUCUUUUUGGAGACUCGGUCAAUACUGCAUCAAGAAUGGAAUCAACUUCUGAAGCCAUGCGUAUUCAUAUAUCCCAAACCACACAGGAGUUAUUGUCACCAUCUUAUAAAGUUACAGAAAGGGGAGAGAUACAGGUCAAAGGAAAAGGCGCGAUGAAAACAUAUUGGCUAGAAGGCCGAGAAUCUAGAAUGUGUCUAUCGAAACUAAUACCGUCUCAAAUACAACCUGGACAGGAAUUGGAGUGGGAAAAGGCAGCUGACGUUCGCGACAGCAUCGCAGAACAUUCAGCACAGCAAUUUAACCAUAAAGAAGCACAAAUAAAAGAUUCAUUGUUUUUUCCUAUCGCCAAUUGUAUAUCUUCGCCCAUAAGAAGUAUUACUGGAAACAUAUUGCUAGCGUCACCAACUUCAAAACAACCACCAACUGUUACGACACCAACUGAAGAGAGGCGAAUGUAUUCGCCUGUGACAUUUCAAGAUGUUGCCAGAAGGAGUAUAGCUAAUUCCCCGAAUAAGACAGAAAAAGACCGAGACACGACGGAUAACUCGACAUCAGCCAGUGUUGGUGCUGGAUGUACUGAGGCUGAUUCUUUGGAUCCGGCCAGAACCUUGGAUAGUCUCAAUUCUUCCGUUUGUUACAGUUCGACCUCACCAUGUAGAGCUGCCACCGCACCGCCCUCGAAAGCGCGCGACAAAGAGUUCUACUCAGACAUUCCAAGUGUUGUUCGAUCACCACCUAAUUCAGCGCCAAUAAUUGAUGUGUCGCAAGAAAAAGUUGCCCACGCUAAUAACAUCUCAGCCACUGCUGACAAUACCUCACAUACUCAAACAGUUACUACACCCAGCGGUGAAGAAAUAGAAACAGAUGCUGAAUACCAAGACGCUCAAACAGACACAAAUAACAUUGACACGGAGGCUGUUGAAAAAAAUCACAAAAAACCCAGUCGUGUUGGAAGAUUUCGAUCUCGAAUCGCACCGGGACAGCUUAAAGUUUGUACAACUUUAAAGAAAACACAAGUGGGUGCAGCAAAUGUGCUGCCACAUGGACAUCACCACUCGAAGAAUGUUAACCAUCACCAAUGCUGUGGAGCAUUUGGUAACCCCCACGUUAGGCAUAAAACUUCUAACUCCACGUGCCAUUUGUUUUAAAAAAAAAAUCAAAGACUUUAAGAGAAUAGCUAUUUAGUGUAGAUGUUAAUAGUCAAAUGUAAGUGUAAACUUAAACCAAAAGUAGGUAGUAUUUAAGUAGUAAAAAUAAUUCUUAUCUAAACAAUUACUAAAGCUUAUUAUAAGAUCUCGAUGUAUUUAUUUUGAUCAAGGCAUGUUAACUGUAAAAUUAGUGUCGUAGAUGAGUUAUUAAAGAAUUUGUAAAAA